ACACUGUACAGACUAGAGGGAGGAGUUGGCUGCUAAGAAAUAGUACUGUGUCGUAACACAGCAGAGAACCGUUGGUGCCCAGAUCUGUUUCUAUCAUCAGCUCCACCCCUCACCCCUCCUCCCAUCUUCACUUUACCUGCAAACUAAACACGCACACACACACACACACACACACUCUCUCUCUCUCUCUAAUAUAGCAUAGAAAGCAUUUGGUCCCCCGGGAGAAAAAAGAUGGGGGGGGGGAGCGCACAGUGGGUGUAACCGACUCACUAAAUUCAGCAUUCUACUAUUGACAACAUGUGAACGAGAGGUUUGAUUUCCAAACCAAGAACCAGGGAAAUUGGUUGCUGAUACAGCUCAUAGUAGUAAUUAUUAUGUCUCACAGUGGACGAGGUGGCGGCAUAGGUGGAGGUGGAGGUGGUAAGACUAGUAUUAGUAGAUAUUCGGACCCACAAGAAACAGCUACAUCUGCUGCUGCUGCUGCUGCUGUCGUCGGAGGUGGUGGAAAUGCUUCUUCUUCUUCUUCGGCUGAGUUGAGACUCUAUCAAGCUUUCAUUUUUUCUGUCCCAAUCUUCUUCACUUUCGUCCUCCUUUCCUUGUUCUACUUGUUCUAUCUCCGCCGUCGCAGGCUUGAUUGGCCCUCUCUCACAAUGCCCGCCUCUUCUUCUUCUUCUUUCCGCUCCUCCUCCUCCUCCUCCUCCAGGGCUGAAUCUGGGGGGCUAAAGAAGGAGGUCAGGGAGAUGCUGCCCGUGAUUGUAUUCAAGGAAAGUUUUUCCGUCAAAGACACGCAAUGUUCAGUGUGCCUCGGGGAUUAUCAAGCAGAGGAACGGCUUCAACAGAUACCUGCUUGUGGACAUACAUUUCACAGGGAUUGCAUUGACAGCUGGUUAUCGACUCAUACUACGUGUCCGCUAUGCCGCCAAUCCCUCCUCGUGUCUGCUAAAGCAUCAAUUGAAGCACCUGAUAUCCAGUUAGCAAGCCAUGACAUAUCUUCUAAUAUUCCAGAUGGUGGUGAAUUGUCUCCUGAAAAUGGCUCCCGCCCCUGUGAAGACAGCGGCCAAGAUAAUGAUUACUGCAACACUGGUGAAAGAAUUCUGACAAGACGCAGUGAAGAAGAGGAAGGGGGCGUGCAUAACAUAGAUGAUGAUACAGAAAUGAUGAGGAGUAGUAGUGAACACUACUAGAAAGGCGAAUUGUGGGAUUGUGGAAGUCACAGGGUUGUUUCUGCUGAAGCAGCUUACUUUUGGAAUGAAGUUCAGAUAUGUGGAUCCAGGGAUGAAGAAGCUACUAGCUAUCCCUCCAGUCCAUACAGCGAGGCAGUUGAAUUGAAGCCCACCAUAUUGACUUUGACAGUCCAUAGCUGGUUUACGAGCCUUAAAAAUCUGAAGCAAUUAUCUCCCUUUCACAGCAGCUUCUUCUAAGGCAGGACGGCUGAAUUGUUAUGGAUGCAAUAAAAAGAGAAUGAAAAAGAAAGACAUAAAUUAUUGUUAUGAUUAAAUCCAUAGAGAAAUUGCAUGCCAAGAUUUAAAUCAAAAUAUGGAGUGUCUAAGUCCUCGAUUGACAUUUUAAAAAAUAGAAACAAUAACUUGUCCUUGGAUUUAUAUUUGGCUGAAA